AUACCAAGUCUCAUAAUCCCAUCAUUAUAUCAACAUUCAUUUUUUGUUCAUUUGUAAAUUUUCUCUCCAGGCUCUAUUUUGUUCUGUUUUGCUCUGCUUUUUUCUGCAAAUGGGGGCUUUCGAUUAUAUUUCGAGCUUUUGUAGUGUUACCAGCACUAAAACAAGCAAACGCAAGCAAAUGCAGACAGUUGAAAUCAAGGUUAAAAUGGACUGCGAUGGAUGUGAAAGAAGAGUGAGAAAUUCUGUUAUCAACAUGAGAGGUGUAAAAACAGUUGACAUAAACCGGAAACAAAGUCGAUUAACGGUGACCGGGAAUGUCGACCCGAAUAGGGUGUUAAAGAGAGUGAAGAACACUGGCAAGAGAGCGGAGUUCUGGCCGUACAUCCCGCAACAUGUCGUGUAUUAUCCGUACGCAUCGGGGGCAUACGACAAAAGGGCACCGGCCGGACUUGUUCGGAACGUUGCGCAAGCUUAUCCAACAGCUUCUUCCAAUGCACCUGAAGAGAAAUUCGCAUCCUUAUUCAGCGAUGAUAAUGUUCAUGCAUGUUCAAUCAUGUAGGAUUUUAUUUUUGGUAUAAACUAUUCUUGGAGAAAGUAAACAUUUUAGUAAUACGUUACAAAUUGAGGAUUUCAACCAGGCUUUAUACCAUAUAUAUGUAUAUUAUUUAAUAAUAAAAGGAUUUUAACAGUUUUGGUAUA